AUGGGUUUUUCAGAUUGUGUUCCUCAUAGCAAUGACCAACUAAAACAUCAAACAAGCUUAUCUACAGUUACAGACGAGCAAUUUCACGCCGCAUAUGCGGAACCUACAUUCACGGCAGGACAGCGAUUUGUUCAAUUGUUACUCUUCAUCUUUGGAUUAGGUUGGCUCCGAUUCCUUUUGUUAUUUGUUCUUGUUUUCUUGUAUAUGAUUAUUAUGACCCCGUGCCAUGUUUUUUAUAAAAUUCCGUGGGCCUUAAAGAUCCUUGAGCCUUAUGGUACAUACGCAUCUCAAAAAUUCAUUCGUGCAGCUGCUUUUCUUUUUGGAAUUUGGUACAUUUCGGUAGAAGGAAAACCUGAUUUUGAUGCUCGAGCUUUCGUCUUUAAUCAUCUUUCGCUAUUAGACGGACUACUUACAUUCAUUUUUAGACCAUUUACAAUCAUUGCAAUGAGUGGAAUUAGAUCCAUUCCAUGCUUAGGACAAAUUGCAGAAGCAAAUGGUGCUGCAUUCAUAGACCGUUCUAAAUCGCAAGGAAAUUCUGCAGUAAUUCGCUCCGUUAUGGAAGAUCAUACUAAAUACCCAGCAAGUAUUGCUCCUGAAGGUAAAAUCUCCAAUGGCUAUAUAGUCUUUAGAUUUCGUACCGGAUCAUUCCUUACAGAUGAACCUAUUCAACCUAUUACGAUAAGAUACUCAUGGAUAUUCGCUUUUGGUGGAGUUACAUACAAUUGGGUAGUAGACACAUUCUUAGAAUGGCUUUGGCUUGCACUCUGCAUUCCUUUUGGCCAUAUUCACAUCACAUUCUUGAAAACUAUUCCUUCUUCUGAGUUUGCUGGUAAAACUCCUCAAGAAAAGGCUGAUAUGUGUCAAUUACUUAUUGCAAAUAACCUUGGAACGCUUGCAAUUGAUAGAUCUGCUAAAGAAAUCUUCCAGAAGCCUGUUGUUAUUGAUUCUCCAUUGUUAGAAACGGAAACUCAAGAGUCGUAA